CUUAAAUGACAGCUGGGCGAUCGCGCUUUAGCCAGUGGGCUGAUGCCACACAAGGAAAGACCGUCUCGAAAGUUGAACCUGCACCCGAAGUUCAAAAGCCCAAGCCGAAGGAGAUCAAAGAAAUCCGAGUCAGCUCCAAUGGCACAAUUCCAAAGUGGAUUCGAGUUGUCUAUCAACCUCGUGUGACUGUACGGAAGUCACCAAGCCUCAAUGCACCAUCAGUGGCUUUUCUGGAGGCCGGAGAGAUUGUGGAGAUUGCUGAAAUCAAACAAGGAUGGGUGAGGCUAGCGGAUGCAGAAAAACAUGCUCGAGACGUGUCCGAAGAUUGUGAUGCCUGGGUUCUCCAAGAUGGUAAAGCCGUAAGCUUGGGCUUGCUGUUGGAGGAGUGCGAGCCUCGCUGGUUUCGCGUGGUCUACGAAGCACGGGUUCCAGUUCGCAUGAAGGCUUCAGUCCAGGCACCUGCGAUCGCAUUUUUGCAGGCUGGAACAGUCAUAGAGGCUGAAGAAGUUUGGCAAGGAUGGGUCAGGUUGUCCGCACAAGACCGACAACUCCUUGACAUCUCCGACGACUGUGGAUCCUGGGUUCUCAUUGACGGAUACGCCAAGGGCGCUGGUCGACUACUGGUCGCGUGUGCACCGCCACCUGAGCGCAGGCCGCAGUUGGAGGAAUGGCUACCGGGUCUUUCCCUGGAGGGCUUUCUGUGGCAAGACGAUGCGCAGGAGGCAUCAAAGCCUUCCGUUGCUUCGCGGCGCCGACAAAAACGUCAAGAACGAGCCAAUAUCCGUCUUGAGCAUGACAAAGCACGCACUCGAGAACUGCGCGCCGUUCACAAAGUUCUGCAGGCUCUUCAAGAAAUACUACCUGGACUAGCUCCUAAGACUCUGAGGGCCUCAGAUGCUGCCGAGGGGAAGGAAAGGCGGGUGAAACACCCCACAGAGGAGGAAGUGGAGGGAGCCCUCUCACAGGCAGCUUUGACUUUGUGGGUGCCAUGCUCUUAUCGCAAACUUCCGCAAAUCUUUGCGCCUCGGGAAGGCUUGGAGGUUCUGUCCAGCAUGAUUGACCGGCCACCCAAGUAUCAAGAGAAGUACCUGGAACAGGAAUGGUCCAUCCUUUGCAAAGUCUGGGCUUUGGCGCCAAGCUGUGGCAAGGGCUUGGCGGUGGUGGACAUUGGGGCUGGGAAUGGAAGCCUGGCACUGCUGGCAGCGUUGCUGCUGGGCGGUCAUGCAGUGCUGAUUGACCACACCCUGCCUCCGGAACCCAUGCGCGUUGAAGGGCGACUCCCAGAGGAGUAUCGUCAGCGAGUUCUACGUGUCACUGGGGAUGUAGGAGAUCUGGACGCGAGCCGAGAAAUUGAACCGCUCCUGGAGAAGCAUGGCAUCACCCAAGUCGUGGUCAUAGCGAAACAUUUGUGCGGCACUGGGACCGACUUGGCCCUGAAGUUGCUGCGGCGCUGGUGUCAGGCGGGUGCUGAGACAAAGGUUGACGUCCUUGGAGCUGUCAUCGCCACGUGCUGCAUGCACAAAAUUGGUGCUGCAGAAGAUAGGCGCAUCUAUUCAGAGAUUCAUUCUGCAGAUCCCUAUUUGCGAAAGCUAAUGGGAAAGAGCACUGACCCGUUGGUGUCUUUGUUAGGUGUUUGCACUCCGUGUGUUGCAUGGCGUACGACCGCUGGUGCAGAGGCCAGCCGCAUCACUGAAAAACAAGUGAAAAUGGCUGAAAUGUUUGAGGAUGCCCUACAGCAACCACGUUCAAACCUGCUGCAGAGUCUUUUUCCAUCUGCCAUCGAAGUCGCUUUCGUGCCUUUCCAUCGAUCUCCACAAAAUCGCUGUUUGAUUGCUGGAUCUGAGCUUGGGGUGCAGAGGGCCCUGGACACUGGCGUUUUUGCGAGUGCUGAAGCUCAAAGUGUUCUCUCUGCCAUCGCUGCUGCGCGGGAUGAUGUGCUGCGGGUCAAUGGCACAGCAUUGGAUCUUCGUCCACAUGGAAUGGUGUCGACAAGACCCUCGCGGCCCCGCGGCGCCGCGCCGCGGCAGCGCGGCCGCUUCGGCGCCGAAGGCCGCGGCCGGCAGAGACGCGAGAAGCAGCCAGCGGAACGGCCCGGGUGGGAUGAGGACACGCGAGCGCCCAGUCUAUUUGACACCCAGCUGCGCCACAUCUUCCGAGAGUCGCGUCGACCUUUCAGCGAGGUUCUGCCAGCUCGGCGUGCAGAAAGUCAGCCUGCAGCGACUGUGGCUCCGGCUCCCAGGGAGAGGUUGGCGGCUCCCAGGCAUCGGCCAGGACAGCUGCGACAGAGACUGCAGGGGAGUAUGGCCACAGGUCCCGGUCAUGCUGGAUCUGAUAGACAGCCUGUGGUUCAGAAUCUUCAGAGCCCAAGAGUGGCAGAAGUUCAGCAGCAACGAGAGCCUGUUGAACCGAUCCAAGCAACUCUUUGGGACAGGCAACCUCCGCCACAGCUGAAUCUACAUGCGCAAUUGCCUUCAGCCCCACAGCAACUGGCCAUUGCUCAUGUGCAAAGGAAGCGAGACAUGGCGAGUUUGGGGGAGAGAUUGGCCAUUCUGCUGCCGCAAUCCGGGUCUUUGCCGGAGGGGCUGACGAUCGGUGCUCCAGAUGUUGCGGUACUGCCUGGCAGCUUACGAUCCGUGGCCCAAAGAAGACCACAGGUGGAUCGGAUUUCAAUCACUGCGCCAGAGACUCCCGAGAAAGUACAGAAGUUGUCUCAGAAGCUCACUGCUUUGCUUGGUCCAAGUAAUAGAGAUCACCCCAGUGCUCCUUCGAAGCGCGUCGCCAAGCCGAAUCCGUCGAGCCACGAGCUCCUCUUGCAGAACUCUAGCAAAGUUGUGGGCCAGGCAGAUCGACUGGUGGAUUUUGUGCUGGAGCAGAUCCUGGGAGAUUCUGUCAAUCAGUUGGAGACGAUGCCAAGCAAAGUCGAAGCCAGGCAUACGGAAGAUAAGCCAAAAGCAGCUCCAGCUGCAGUGCCAGCUGCAGAGGAUACGACCCUCCAACGGAUGGUGCAGUCGGCUACGGAUCGACUUCUGACGUUUGAGCAUGAGCUUCGGAUGACCUACGGAGAGAAAGCCGCCAAGCCGUCGUGGACUACGCCCGUGAGGCGCAAGGAGAUUGAGAAAUGGCAGAGCGAGGAGGAGGACGAGGCCUGGCGAGUCGCUUCUUUGCCGGCACAGAGAGUGCUGGAGUUGGAAAGAUAUCGUGCUCGCUUUGCACAUCAUUGCAUGGCCGCAAGGGAGGCUGGGAUCCAAAGUGGUCCAGGGUCCAAAACGGCCACCUGGGUGAUUUGGCCAUUCCUUGCGGAUAGCAUUGCCAUGGCUGUUGUGGAGUCUGCCAUGGAAGAAGUGGACAACGCCAUGGAUGACUAUGUUGACCUCCUAAUCCAGGAUGAAGUGGGGUGUCCAGGGGAGAGGACACUGCAACAGUGA